AUGGGCGGUGCACAAGCCUCGCUCUGCUGCUGCUUCGAGCGCCAGAAGCUGCCCCGGGAGUUUUCACAGAAGCCACCUCCCCGGCCACCGCACACUGACGAGCCGGCGACGACCCCUGAUACAGCUGCCGGCGGAGAAGAGGAUGAGGAGCUGGAGUUCGAGCUGACAACGAACAGGACCUUCCUCGAAUACCGCGAGACAAGGUCAGGGAGAAAGCGAAGCCGCAGCGUCCCCCGCAACUUCCGGCCGUGCAGGCAGCGAGUCGAAGCGGCGGAGACUGGCAAUAUUGAGGCGAAUGUAGGCGACGAGCUCCGACAGCUUCCCACCCUUCCCCCCAUGGAUAGCCCCUUCGAGCCCUUCCUGACUCAUGCGAUGGUAGCGACGGACCGUGUGUGGCGGCGCGAGGUCCUCGGCCGGAUGGCGUGGCGAAAAGUUCCUGCCAGGCCUCAUUGCUGCGCGAACACCUGCCAGGAGUGUUGCCAGCUCUGGAACGAGAGCUGGCGACUGGCAGCGUGUGCUGCAGCAAGGAUCCCAGGGCAGGCUGACCCCUGCAGAGACUUGGAGAUCCUUCCGUUGCUGCCCGAGGAGGAUGACGAGUGUGACGAGUGA